GUUUUCCCGAUUUCGGGAUUGAUUUGCUCGGUGAGUUUGAUCGGCGGCGAGGCAUCUUGAUCGGCCUGGAGUUAGCUAUUGUUCAAGGACAACAAACGACGAUAAUGCCAUUACGAAUGCUGUUGAGAUUUAUGACAGUCCCAGUUCACUUUACAGCAUCCAAUAAUGAUUGUGGAGUCAGGGACUUCGACAUGGAGAAAUUUCAGCUUUCUAAGCAUUUCCGUUUUCCUUGGCCAGUUAAUCAUACUUCUUUGAGUCCCAAUGGCAAACUUCUUGUGAUUGUUGGUGACAAUCCGGAUGGGAUGUUGGUGGAUUCUCAGACUGGAAAGACUGUGACGUCUUUAUCUGGGCACUUGGAUUUCUCGUUUGCAUCAGCCUGGCAUCCUGAUGGUGUUACCUUUGCUACUGGGAACCAGGACAAAACUUGUCGGGUUUGGGAUGUUCGAAACCUAUCCAAGUCAGUUGCUGUUCUAAAGGGAAAUCUUGGAGCUAUUCGGUCAAUUCGUUAUACUUCUGAUGGACGGUAUAUGAUGAUGGCAGAGCCAGCAGACUUUGUGCAUGUCUAUGAUGUGAAAAGUGGGUAUGAGAAGGAGCAGGAAAUCGACUUCUUUGGUGAGAUAUCUGGUAUAUCAUUCAGUCCAGACACGGAGUCGCUUUUCAUUGGAGUGUGGGAUCGUACGUAUGGUAGUCUUCUCGAGUAUGGACGCCUAAAGUGUGCUGCUUAA